AUGCGGCUGUCGGUGGCGGCUGCCAUCUCGCACGGGCGCGUGUACCGGCGGUUGGGGCUGGGCCCGCGCUCGCGCCUCGACCUGCUGCGCAACCUGGUGACGGCGCUGGUGCGGCAUGAGCGCAUCGAGGCGCCCUGGGCGCGGGCCGACGAGAUGCGGGGCUACGCCGAGCGGCUCAUCGAGUACGCCAAGCUGGGGGACACCAACGAGCGUGCCAUGCGCAUGGCGAAUUUCUGGCUGACAGAGAAGGACCUCAUCCACAAGCUGUUCAAGGUGCUGGCACCCCGGUUCCAGCCCCACCCCGGCAGCUACACCCGCCUGCUGCAGAUCCCCAACCGGGAUGGCCUUGACCGCGCCAAGAUGGCGGUCAUUGAGCUCAAGGGGAACCCUUUCCCACCGCUCAUCCGCUCACACCGCGACACCGAGAAGACGCUGCUCAACCAGCUCUUGAAGGGCUACCGGGAGGACGUGCAGCAGGCAGCAGCCCCGCAGGCCCCCAAGGGCACCCCUGUCUAGGCAUCCCUCUCUGCCCUGAGGGAGGCCCCGUGCGUGCACAGGGAUGGGGCUUGGCCUGAGCUGCCCAUGCACCGGCCAGUUUGUUGCUGUCCUGGAGCACAGGAAUGGAAGAUGACCCAGGAGGUCUGAAAGUUGGUUACUAACCUUGAGUUGCCACGACAGGGGCACAAGCUCAAGGUUUUCUUGUUUAUUCCUGUGGUUUGAAUAGAGACUCAGCAAGAGAAGGAAAUCAAGCUGGGAGCCCUAAUGGUUGAUACUCUCUGUGUAAAUAAACUCUGUUCAGAAAGUAA